GUAGGCGUGGUUUAGCUCGAGCAAUGGCGGAGGAAGCAGAAAAGCCGAACGACGAGCAGAAAGACAAGGCAGAGAUCAAACAGAGUGACAAAGUUCUAUACAGCUUAGAGAUUCUGUCGUCUAUCAAGGAGUCUCAGUCACAGCAUGGCUUGAGGCAUGGCGAUUACCAACGAUACAGACAGUACUGUGCGAGACGAUUGAGAAGAAUUCGAAAGUCGUUACGAUUCGUGCACGCUUCGAAACACAGAUUUCAUCAGAGAAAGUUGACUGUUGAUGUCAUCACUGACUCCAAGUUUCUGUUGCUUCCAUUGGUCAAUGCUGAACGAGCAUGGGCAUAUGCAAUGCAGCUGCGCCAUCUUGCAAACACUGAGCCACGUAAACGUUUUCAUCUCAUUAAACGGCUCAAGAAGGCUGCAUUGCAUGCUGCAGCUCUUGCUGAGCUUUGCCAACAUGAUAUAUGUGAUGUUAGGACGAAACUGGAAGCACAGGCGUAUAGUGCGUGGAUGACUGGAAAUUUGAAGUUUGAGUUGCAAGAAUGGCAAGAGGCAUUGGAUGUCUUCAGUGAAGCAAAGACAAUAUACGAGAAGCUGGCAAGUGCACUACCUGACGAAGUCAAGACUCUCUAUCUCCAACGUGCUGACGAAAUCACACCAAACGUCCGUUACUGUGCCUACAAUCUUGGUGAUGGAAGCACAGACAUAGAAGAUCUAGUAAAACUGCGAGUUCAUGCAGGAGACCAAGAUCUUCUUGUUGGCAAACUUGAUGAGGUGCUUGCUCAGAGUCGUGAGCAGCAGGCUGAGAUGAUGAAGGAGAUCACUUGGCGUGGUCAAACAAUUCCAGUGAAGAAUGAGAAAGUUCGAGUGUUUAUUCUGCAGUCACAGGAGAGCAGUCGUGAGAUCGAACGAGCUGAGAGCUUUGAACAGAAAAUGGAACUGUUUGACUCUCUUUUGAUGGCUUGCAAAGAUGUCCAGCAGAUAAUCAAGGACGAGCUGAAAACUGACGGAGACAAAGCGAAACGAUCCCACAAGAGUGAAGCUCAAGUUGCCAACAUGGAGUUCCUCUUAUCAUACAUCUCAUUUAUUCGACUCUCGAAAACAAUCGAUCGAAACCAGCUGAUGGCCGAAUCAUUCAAGACUGAACUCGACACUGAAGACACUAAGAAAGAACUUGAAAAAGGGAGACGAAAGGCAACGAAACCAGAUGAUUUGAUUCGUCUAUACGACAUCCUCCUUCAGAAUGUCAGUGAUCUCCUUGAGAUCCAAGGACUAGCGGACGACGUUGAAUUGUCACAACAACUGGGAACACAAUCCCUCGCUUUUAGGGCCCACAGAUGCUUUUAUAUAGCCGAGAUGUAUCGGAUUGCAAAGAAAUGGGGUGAGGCUACUGGUUUAUAUGAUCGCUGUGUGACUAGAGCUACAGGUGCUCUCGAUCAGUACAAGUUGUUAUCAGAGCCGAAUGUGAAGGAGGUGACGUCACUGCAGGAUCUGUUGGUCAAGGCAAGAGGGAGGAAGUGUACAACCCACGCGUCAUCGAUUUUAGAGAUGCAGGAGAUAGAGCAGAAGAUGGAGGGAGCAAAGCUUGAAGAGGCGAAGCCCUUGCUAAGUCGUCUCAACACAUACUCUGAAGAUCCGAAUCCACUUCUCGUAUCAUUUCCUCCUGAUUUCGAGCCAGUGCCAUGCAAACCUCUAUUCUUCGAUCUUGCAGUUAAUCACAUACAGUUUCCAAGCCUCAAGGAUCACGUCGAGAAAAAGAAGGCGGGUGGCAUAACUGGCUUCGUCAACAGACUCAUCUGGGGAAGUUCCAAGUAGACAAGACGACUUGGGUUUUCUUUUACAGUGAGAUUAUUAAUCAAAUAUAUGUCUAGUGAUAUAA